GACCCCGUCUCGGCCAUGGGCGAGCACCCCAGUCCGGGCCCCGCGGUGGCCGCCUGCGCCGAGGCGGAGCGCAUCGAGGAGCUGGAACCCGAGGCCGAGGAGCAGCUGCCCGCGGCGCCGGAGGACCACUGGAAAGUCCUGUUUGAUCAGUUUGACCCUGGGAACACAGGCUAUAUCAGCACAGGCAAGUUCCGGAGUCUUCUGGAGAGCCACAGCUCCAAGCUGGACCCUCACAAAAGGGAGGUACUCCUGGCCCUUGCCGACAGCCACGCGGAUGGGCAGAUCUGCUACCAUGAUUUUAUCAGCCUAAUGAGCAACAAGCGUUCCAACAGCUUCCGCCAAGCCAUCCUGCAGGGCAACCGCAGGCUAAGCAGCAAGGCUCUGCUGGAGGAGAAGGGGCUGAGCCUGUCUCAACGACUCAUCCGCCACGUGGCCUAUGAGACCCUGCCCCGGGAAAUUGACCGCAAGUGGUACUAUGACAGCUACACCUGCUGCCCCCCACCCUGGUUCAUGAUCACAGUCACGCUGCUGGAGGUUGCCUUUUUCCUCUACAAUGGGGUGUCGCUAGGUCAAUUUGUACUGCAGGUAACUCAUCCACGUUACUUGAAGAACUCCCUGGUUUACCACCCACAGCUGCGAGCACAGGCUUGGCGCUACCUGACAUACAUCUUCAUGCAUGCAGGGAUAGAACACCUGGGACUCAAUGUGGUGCUGCAGCUGCUGGUGGGGGUGCCCCUGGAGAUGGUGCAUGGAGCCACCCGAAUUGGGCUUGUCUACGUGGCCGGCGUUGUGGCAGGGUCCUUGGCGGUAUCUGUGGCUGACAUGACCGCUCCAGUUGUGGGCUCUUCUGGAGGGGUGUAUGCUCUCGUCUCUGCCCAUCUGGCCAACAUCGUCAUGAACUGGUCAGGAAUGAAGUGCCAGUUCAAGCUGCUGCGGAUGGCUGUGGCCCUUAUCUGUAUGAGCAUGGAGUUUGGGCGGGCUGUGUGGCUCCGCUUCCACCCGUCGGCCUAUCCCCCGUGCCCUCACCCAAGCUUCAUGGCGCACUUGGGUGGCGUGGCCGUGGGCAUCACCCUGGGCGUGGUGGUCCUGAGGAACUACGAGCAGAGGCUCCAGGACCAGUCGCUGUGGUGGAUUUUUGUGACCAUGUACACCGUCUUCGUGCUGUUUGCUGUCUUCUGGAACAUCUUUGCCUACACCCUGCUGGACUUGAAGCUGCCGCCUCCUCCCUGAGGGCUGGAGGCCCGAGGUGGGGGAGGGGAGGGAAAAGCAGCGCCCACAGGGAGCGCCUGUGAGGUUUUUUCUCAUCACCAGCUCAGCUAGGCCAGGCAGGCGAGGACAGAAGACUCCGGGCUGCUGUAAUGUUUGUGUUUAGAUUUGGACAGACAGUGGAGACCCUUUUCUGAAAGGCACCUGGCGGAGG